GGAUGUGGUGUUGAGAAAACUACAAUCUGAAAGCUAGUAGCUAGGUACAGUGUGACUCGAAGUAAAUUAUGAGUUUUAAUGUGGGCUUCAGGCAAAGAUGCAAUGGAGGUCAAUAGUGCUGGGUUUGCUUUUCUUAAGACUGGCUCUCAGUUGUGUUUUAUGGCUCGCGUUUGGGUUGGGACCUAGCUGGGGGUUUAACUUCCCCAUCAAAUUCAAUUUUAAUUUGCACAAAAUCGAACUUCUGAGGGAUGGCGACCGAACAUCCUCAAUGAUUAAUACAUGGUCACAGAAGACAUAUGACUCUCUGGAUAACCCAGGAAAGACCUGCUCGAAGGUUGGAGAAAAUUCUCCCAAAAAAUCUUAUCUUAGUUUCUUUGAAGAUGGCAGAGACGAAUAUGAUAGGAAGUAUAGCUCCUUCCCGGACACUCUCAAGGCCGAAAUGAAAGGUUUAGCAAAAGACAUGUUCUACUUUGGAUAUGACAAUUACAUGAAAUAUGCAUUUCCAGAAGAUGAACUGAACCCGAUUGAUUGUCAAGGAAGGGGACCUGAUGUUUUCGACCCGUCCAACAUCAAUAUCAACGAUGUUCUGGGAAACUACUCUUUGACUCUUAUUGAUACAUUGGAUACAUUGCUGAUUCUUGGAAAUGUGUCCGAGUUCCACAAAGCUGUCAAACUGGUGAUUGACACUGUGUCCUUCGACAAAGACUCAACUGUGCAAGUGUUUGAGGCCAACAUAAGGAUUCUGGGCAGUCUGAUCUCCGCUCACAUCCUCCUGACAGACUCGCACCACCCCUUUGGAGACGUGAGCCUGGAGGACUACGACAACGAGCUCCUGCACCUGGCACAUGAUCUUGCCGUGCGACUGCUUCCAGCCUUUGAGAACACUGGCACAGGCAUCCCCUAUCCCCGGGUGAACCUGAAGAAAGGCGUUCCGCCCGACAGCGUGAACGAGACAUGCACCGCCGGAGCGGGGUCUCUGCUGGUGGAGUUUGGCAUCCUCAGUCGCCUGAUCGGAGACUCCACCUUUGAGUGGGUGGCCAGGAGGGCCGUGCGUGCGCUCUGGAGCCUGAGGAGCAACGAAACAGGCCUCCUGGGUAAUGUGGUGAAUAUCCAGACAGGCCAGUGGGUCAGUAAGCAGAGUGGCCUGGGGGCAGGGAUGGACUCCUUUUACGAGUACCUGCUCAAGUCCUACAUCCUGUUCGGGGAGAAGGAGGACUACCGCAUGUUCAGCGCAGCCUACGAGAGUAUUCAGAGCCACCUCAGGAGGGGGAGGGAAGCGUGCAAUGAGGGGGAGGGGGACCCGCCUCUAUACGUCAAUGUGAACAUGUUCAGCGGCCAGAUCAUGAACACCUGGAUCGACUCCCUACAGGCCUUCUUCCCAGGCCUUCAGGUGUUGAAUGGUGAUGUGGAAAAUGCCAUCUGCUUGCAUGCCUUCUAUUACGCCAUCUGGAAGCGCUUCGGAGCACUGCCAGAACGGUACAACUGGCAGCUGCAAGCCCCCGACGUGCUUUUCUACCCCCUCCGGCCUGAGCUGGUGGAGUCCACCUACCUGCUCUAUCAGGCAACAAAGAACCCCUUUUACCUGCAUGUAGGAAUGGAUAUCCUCCAAAGCCUUGAAAAGAAUACCAAAGUCAAGUGCGGCUAUGCUACUCUGCACCACGUAGUCGACAAAUCCAAAGAGGACCGCAUGGAGAGCUUCUUCCUCAGCGAGACCUGCAAAUACCUUUACCUGCUCUUUGACGAGGACAACCCGCUGCACGACUCGGAGAGCCGCUACAUCUUCACCACGGAGGGCCACGUGGUGCCCAUCGAGCCGCGCUUCCGCGAGCGCACCUGGAGCCACGCGCAGUCCUCCGACGAGCCCUGUGACGACGAGCCGGACCACCAUCGCCCUGCCAACACCAGCAACUGCGACCGGAUCCCUGAAGAGCGGCGCUUCAGCCUGCCCCUCAAGAGCAUCUACAUGAGGCAGAUUGACCACAUGGUCGGCCUGUCCUAACGCCCCACCGAAGGUCACCUUCAUCUCCGCUGCCGCUGCCUUUUGACUCUUCAGGAGAACUCGGAUCACAUCAUGACCAGAGAAACACUUGUUUUGUUAUACCUCGACUUUUUCCUCACCCUUUUUUUGUACGAGAAACUAAUAUAUUUUAUAGCAAACUACACAGGACACACGUAUCCACAGAAAUCACUUUCAUUUUGUUUUGUUUUUUUUUGUUUUAGUUGUGUUAUUUCAGGGGAGACAUGCACUAAAAAGCAGACUUUUUUUUUUUUUUACAUUUUAAAACAGGACACUCACAACCUGGGAAUCAGCAGGUUGUUUUGCCAAGCCUUCUCUGAAAGGUAUUUUUGCCAGACGAACUGGUGUGGGAUCUCCCAGAGAUAAGAUGUGCAGUAUCAUAUUAAGUUAGAGCGAGGUGACGUGCAAUGCAAAGCAAACAUUUUGCACCAAACUACACAGAGCUACAUGAUGAAACACAGGACUCAAUAUUUGCGAGGCUGCAUUUUUUUUUUUUUUAAAGUGUUGUAGCCGUCAUGGACAAAACAUGGGGUGGGGGAGACUCCAUGUAAAGACUUUUGUGUGCCAGUUUGUUGGGGCCUAAUAGUAUUUGGCAAACAAAUGCUUGACAGUAAUUCCAGCCUUAUUCCGACUGCUUCAGUGUGCGGUUCAGGAAUGUCUUCAGUGACGUGCAGUAUAUAGCCAAACCUUUGUUCAUCAUCUUAAUCGUAUAGCCAUUUAAGGACAUGUAGCUACUCGCGUGUUGUCUAUGUAGGGGAUUAACAUUGAUUUAGAAAGGUUGAGGUGUUGACAGUGAUUGUUAGGAAUUCCUUUAUCACUCAGAAAGCACAAGGGAAGUAAGUCAUGAAUACUUAACAAAACGUCCCAUUCCAUGAUUGCUGGAUGGGCAUCCACACAGACUGCAGUCAGUGUGUGAAGUCACAGGUACGACACAGAUGCCUGUGCUGCACAACUAUUUAUCCGGGCAGUCAUAGUCUUCCGAUUCGCCAGAGAGAUGGUUGUUUCGAACAUUGUUCAAACCAUCUUGCUAAAGCAGACCUCAGAUGUCAGUCUUGGUGAAGUGUUCUCUCUUCACAAGUAUUUGUCUCUUGGGGAGGGUGGGGGAUCUGUCUUUGAUUAUGUUCUCCACUAAGGUCAUUUUGGGCCAUUUCUUAUUGUGGUGUGUAACAUUAUUUCACUGUUUUGUCGCUCUGUGAGUUUUGGUCACAGAUGCCAGUGUUGGAGGUCAUUGAGUCUUUGGGACUGGCAGCAGUGCUAUCCCAGGGACAGGUUCUUGAAAGCCAUGCUAAGUGCAUUAAUUCUAUGCAUCCUAUUUCCAGCUGACAUAUUUUCUGAUGGCAGGUGGCUGUAUGUCACAUGACCAUACAUAGCACAGUGCCUCUACAGUAAUGUUAACUGCACAACCACCUCAAUGACCGUGCCUGCAGAUUUGGUGGUGUCAUUCUGUAAUGACAAACAUGUAAUUGAAUGUAAUUGUGUGUGUGUGUGGGUGUGUGCUUGUGUUUUGUUUUGUUCUCUCAAUCUAACGGACCAGACCUAGUAAAUGGUGCCUUUCUCUCAUAUCCUCUCUAGAAUUCUCCCCAGCAUGCUGGACAAUGCUGACUGUAGUGUACUGUAGACUGCUGGUAGGCAAACCUGCAAGCUGGGGCCCUUAACAAGGCUCUGUGACUUUAGACGUAAAACCUUGGAAAGGUGUUAAAAACAACAGAUCUUUUUUUUCUUCCUUCAAUUGAUGACUUUUUACUAAUCUGCAAUAUUUCUUUUGGUUCAAACCAUGUAGUUACGGUUCUUCCCACUCUCCCUGAAGUUUGCCUGUCAGUGAUUGAAUGGUCCAUGAAUGCUGUUUUUCUUUUUUUUUUUUUUAAAUAAAUAACUGUGUCUUAAAUAUGGAGGCUACAAAACAAGUUGGGUGAUUGUUUUCUUAGUGUACAUUGACUAUUUCAACUAUUGAUGACUAUUCCUUGAAUAAAAAUGGCUAAAUGAUUGUAAGUGCAAGAGUGGAAACAUUAUCAGGAUGUUUGUGAGUUAUGGUGUGUGUGGUGUUUUUUUGUUAAAUUUUAUUUUAACCUUUUUAAACUGAUAUUUGUAUUUACCAUAGAUUAUACAGUCCACUUGCUCUCCAUAAUUGUCGUCUCAUUAAAGAAAUGUUGAUCACUUUGCAUUGUGAAAUGCAAAAUACCUCAUGCUAACCCUUCACACACCUCCAAAUGAUUGUGCUUCCUGUUGAGAUGAUGUCAUAAUAUGAACUUGUGGAAGACACCCCCCCCCCCCCACCACCCUCUUUUUUUCUGGCUGUUCCAAUUAGGUGAGAGGUUCAUGCUGUUGCGUUUGUGUGCUUGAAACGCUCAGGUGCAAAAGCAGGAGCUGCCGGCAAGCUGUGUCUAAACUAAUUCUGCCUCUUUGCCCGUUAGCAAAGCAAACUGGUUUUGCACAUGAGAGAGAGGAAACUCAGGGACUGACGCAAGUCAGGAUGUGUUUGUUUUUAAAUAAGUACUUGAGGAUGUCUUUGGAUAGUGAUUUGCUUGACUUUGUCUGUCCUUGUUCUGUCUCAUUUCACCAUUCUGAUCAUAGGCUAAACGAACAAUAGCAAACUUUUUUUUUAAAUUUUAUUUUUUAUGAGUGUUCACUUGCCCUUUUCACUAACCAGCUGUGAUUGAGCAUCAUUUUAAUAUGCAUGCUUUGGGUAACUGAUGUACAUUGGAGGACAUACUGUAUGUCCAGAAGUCUUGCAAUAAACUAAUCUGAUUUAUUGUU